UAGAAAUGCGUUUUUUUUUAUCAAUACACUAUGACAUCAAUCAAACACAGGAAGAAAACAUCUAUUUUGAUUUACUAUGUGGGUUGUAUCCAUUUGUUCGUUCUUCUUUGUAUCCUCUGCUCACGCAGCUUCACAGAGUAUGGUAACACACUUGGUUGACGCUUUUCAACAUGUGGAAUGUAUCAGUGUUAUCUGUCAUGCCGGGAGCCAACUAUCCUUCUGCAAGAGGAACAAAACCUCGGACUACUGUCAUAUAUGUCCCGUAGGAAGUUCACAGCCAAUUCGCGUAGACUCCAGCAAAGUUAAAGAAAAGAAGGGAAUCUCGAAGUGCAUGCCAAUUGACCUUGACUGUCCACCAGAAGCAGUACCCAUUAUCGAAAAUGGAAAAACGACUGGGUGCAAGUGUGACACUCUCCGUGGAUAUGCUGGAAGAGAUUUCAUGCUAUGCCAGAGCUAUCCAAAGUGUUCGCCUGGGAUGGCGUUUCAAUCUCAUGAUGGCACAUGCAGUCCUUGUCCAGCUGGGUCAUUUAAUUCUGAGUGGAGUUACGGAUCGUGUACACCGCAUACCAAUUGUACACAACACAACCGAGAAACUGUUCUGGUUGGUAACGCAACGAUGGACACUGUCUGUGGAGGAGAGCAGUUGGAAACACAUGUAGUCAUGUACCCUGCUGUAACAACACACGCUGUAUUGCAAUUGCAUAAAAUGGCUGACUUCAGUGACGGACAAAAAGAAACCAUCCAAUCAGACACCGUUGGAGGUGAAACACUCCAAGCUCCUUCGGACAAUCUACCGGUAUUAAGCGAGAAACACACAAAUAGAAUCCUGACCAUUGCGGUUCUAGUUAUGGGUAUAUCCAUCUGUGUCUUAGCUUUGCUGUUAACUGUAGUUAUCCUCAGAUUCCGGCAACGGCAAGCAGGAUCAUGGAAUGCUAAAACGGUUGGCAUUGAAGACGUCAUAACAUGUGAGCAGUUGAUGCAGGAGAGCGGCAACGAUAAACAAGGAAUCCAAGCGGAAGAUGAUUGUGGACCAAAAGAGACGCCGGUAGCUACUAAUAAUAGAGUGGUUUCAGAUAACCUUUCAUUGGAUUGGAUUGGGGACGGACAACCAGGUACAUUGACCGUCUACCCGCAGAUAAACGCCGUACCUUUUAUGCCUACUGCUCCGCCGGUAACGCCGUCAUUGAUGAUUUAGCACAAGUUAUACUUUUUACAGGGAAGUGUUCGUUCCACUAGAGAAGAAAAUAAACUAUUAUUAUUUAACUAUAGUUAAAGUGUAACAAAGACGGUUUCGUUCUUCAUGAACAUUUAUUUCAUUUCCUUUAAGCAUAUUUAAGACAUUCAAGACCCUACAAGGAAACAAUACAAACUAAUUGAAUUCUAGUUAAAAAGUGUUACAACAUAUAUGGACAAUACAUAUGCGUUACAUUGAUCUAAAUUACUCGAACGUUUGAAACAUAAGUCAACAUUUACUUUAAAAUGAAAUAUACAUUUCAUUAUACAGAUACCAAAAUACAUUACAUUUAUUCAAUACUUAAUAAAUCAUAUAUACGUGUCCAAUGCGGAAUUUUACACGAAGUACGCUAUCUAUGUACCUACCCCAACAAUGGGUCAAGGGUCUAAAGAUGAAAUAUCGGUAAGAGUUGUCAAUACGACAUACUGUAGUUGACUAGCUUGGUAACAACUGAAAUACAAUGAAAUCUCUACAUACUUAAGAUAUUAAAAUUAACUUCAAAUUAUGUACUCAUCAAAAUGAUCGAUGACGGAUAUUCGCAAAAUGGUAACUCCCUCGAGAAUCAUUCGGGGCACAUAAAGGAUUGCAUUGGGCGCGAUGGCGGAGAGGGAUGGUACGAAUACGGAGAGGGAUACGCUAUUCGAUGGUAUUGAACAAUGCCAUUUCCCGCACUCUUGAAGUGGGCUCAGACAUAAUGGCGGCGACAGGAACACGUGUUGUUACAACAAGCCUACUGUCCCUACGUAGAUCCUCGAAAUAUUCCGGACGGGGAGACUUCAUUU